GAUAUUGUUUUGCUAGAGGCAGCGGCACAUUCGAAAGAUGGGCUGUGGACAGAGCAAGAUACAUUUGUAUCCCAGGAAAUCGAAGAGUAAAGCGAACGGCAAGAAAGGAGGACAUGCCGACUCAGAUGCCGAAACGGACGAGGACGAAGGCCACAUCGAGGAUGCCGAGAAGGCACAGCAGCGCGACCGCGAGAAGCACGACGAGAGCGAGGAGCUAAGCAAUAAGGACAUCCAGGAAAGCGACGAGGACGUGGCCGUCUCCCUGCUGCGCGCCAAGAACCUGUCGCUGCUGCAAAGCCAGGAAAUAUCAUCUAGCCAACAGAACUUCUUCCGCAUGCUGGACAAGAAGAUCGAUGAGGGUCCGGACUACGACUCGGCCAGCGAGACGGAGAUCGCAUUGGAGGAGGCCCGACUAAACGCCCUGCGUCAACAUUGGGAGUCCGCCAGCAUCACGGCCUCCAUUUGCUCCUCGGCCAGCCGCUCGCUGCAGACGACGCCCAUCCGCCAGGUGCAGGUGCCAUUGAAGCAGCCACCACGUGGCGCCGGCCUGCUGCUCCAGCCUUCCAGCGCGUCGGCGGUCAGCGCCUCCUCCUCCUCCUCGACGAUAGUCGCGCUGCCCACGACGGAGUAUCUACCUCAGCAUGUGUUGACGGGACGGCAAGUGGUGCAGCAGCAGCAGCAACAGCAGCAUCAACAGCAGCAGCAACAGGCGGCAGUGCUCUACCAGCAGCAGCAGCAGCAGCAGCAACAACUAAUUCUGCUGCCGCAGUUGGAUCCUAAUGUUGUCAACACGUCCACGGCAGCAGCAGCGGCACAGCUCGUCCAGUUGCAGCAGCAGCAUCAACAGCAGCAGCAGCUGCAGCAGCAUCAACUGCAGCAGCAACAGCAACAGCAGCUGCAACUCAGUCAACAGCAGCAGCAACUCUACCAGCAGCAACAGCAAUACCUGCUGACCCUUCCCGCCGGAUCAAAGCCACAGAGCGUGAGUCCCAAGCGCCUCAUCUAUGGUGGCCCCGCUGCAACCACUCUCCUCUGUGCAACUGGCAUCAAAUGCAACGCCCCCGAAACUUACGAACCGCCAACCGCUCCACACAGCCAAAUCCAGCAGCAACAGCCGCCGCCUCCUCCGCCGGGCGCCUACUACGGCGAGAUGAUGCACGGCGUACAGGCCGCUCCAGCGGCGGAAUACAAGUUCCCGCCAGCCAUCAGUGUGCAGCGACUGGCGCCGCAAGUGCAGCGGCAGCUGCGCGAGACGCAGGAACUCAUAAAAGACUCGUGCCCGCAGCUGUAUGCGGCGGGCUAUGGCAGCCCAGGACCACCGAUACGCAAUCCCAGCAGGAAUCCCACUAGAACUAGACCCACCCUGGAGACGCAGUUCUCGCAGGAACUCUCGUGAUAUCUAUAUAUGUAAACAGCCAGCAGACGGAGGAUGCACCCACGUUCAGACACACACACACAACCUAAGCCCACACAGUUGGAAAAACUGCAGCCAAAGAGGAAAACUAAAAUUAACCAAAAUUAUCAAAUUACGAACCCCGUGACAAAAAACACACAAACAAACAACAAAGAAAAAAAACAAGAAAAAGCCAAAAAAAAAAAAAACUAAAACUCCAAAAUGGAAGAAAAUCAAUUAAGAAAUUGUAAAACUGCACUCAAUGUUUCAGACCCUCAGAAAAACCCAGUGGCGGGCAGAUGGAGCCCCCCAAAUUGCGUACUACUUACCACAAAACAAGAUGAGCAACUACUAUACCUAUGCGGAGCAACAAAUAAAGCAUUAAACUACAAAGAUAUUCAAGAGGCAGCCAAAGAACCGAUGCGUAGGAUAGGCACAUAAGGACAUAACAUAGUUGGAGUUGGAUCCGAAAGCGCAAGGUACAUAGAUUUAGGAAUCGAGUCGAGUAUAGCGUUAUAAGGCGAUAUAUAUGCCAAUGCCACAAAGAAGAUGCGGAUGCGGAUGCGGAUGCAGAUGCAGAUGCGGAUGCGGAUGCGAAUGCGGAGUAGAAGGUGUUAGAGCCCGGAAAAAAGCAAACACAAAUCAUACAAAGUAAAUAAUAUAAAGUGUAACAAACAAAUGACUUUUACAUUCUCACGCAAUUUUGUUAGUCAUAAAUCUCAUGGUGUAAUUUUUUAACAAACAAAUAUUUUCCGUCAAAUUCUCGAAAUGGUGUAACGUUGAUGAAUGGAUAUGAUGAUAGAAUGUUCGUUGGAUAUGCAAUUAACGGAUG